AAACCACUUCCAUCUGAUCAUAGUUAGCUCUUUCUCUUUCUAUCUCUAUUUUGUGCUCCCUCUUUCUCUCUCUUUCUCACUCUGUGGCUGGAAGCUCAUAACACUUCAAUAUCAUCCAUUCCAUGGCAGCAGUUGAGGUGGUAGAAUCUGUUCCCGCCCCGGUGGAGCAAGAAAUCCCGCCUGCCGCCGCCGAAGAUAUCACUACCGACUCCCCAGCAGCAGCCGAAGAACCCAAAGCCGUUGAAGAAACCCUAGAAGCCCCACCGGAGCCAGAAGUAGAGCCAGCUUCCGAGCCCGCUGAAGCAGCAGCAGAAGAGGUCGUCAAGGCCGAGGAAGCCGGCCUAAAGUCCCCGCCGCGCCCGAAGAGCCCGCCGCCGAAGAACCCGCUGCAGCUGAGGUGGUAGAGACGAAGGAGCCGCCGAAGGCCACGGAGGAGGAAAUUCCGCCGCCGCCGCCGCCGACGAUUGAGGAGACUAAGACCGAAGAAGGCAGCACUGUUUCAGAGUAAUGGAGUCGAAAGCUUAGCAGUUAUCAAAUGGGUUGUCCUGGAAAAACUAUUACAUGGGAUGUUCACAUGCAUGCAUGAGAAUUUCAUGUAUAAUAAUGUUGUAUAUUGUUGUACACGUGUGUUGUACAAUAAUAUAGAAUAAUAUUAUAUAUAUAAUUCACAUGCAUACCAAUUUCGUACGUGUCUUGAGUAUUGCUUUUGAAUAAAGAUGGUCACGGGACUGAAUGGGUUCAAUUAUUACUGCAAGGAAUCCUUGGGUUUGUUGUGUGUUGUAAGGCCUAUGCAGGUAUUUGUGAGUUGUGGUAGAACUGUUUUGUAAUCUAUUUUAUAUUUAGUAUUGUUUGUAUUUCUUUUAA